GGAAAAUUAACUUCAACAGCCGACCCUACACUUCCUUACAAAGGGGCACAUUUUGAAGGUAGAGAAGCAGUGGUGCAAAAAAUUGUUCAAAAACUUACCCAGGACCCAAAUCCUUCCCGCAUCAUCAUCAUUGUUGGUAUCCCUGGGAUGGGUAAGACUCAAGUUGCCAUUCACGUCAGUCACUUACUCAAAGAAGAACAUAAAAAACCUGUUGUAUUCAUUGAAAAGAAACAAAAGCUUACAGAAAUCUGCACCGAAAUCAUCCUUGGUAUUAACCCUCUGGCUCCGAGACUUUCAGAGAGUCAUGAUAUGGUAACAAUAGCAAAGGGGCGACUUAAAGAGCUUAAAGAGAAGAAAGUUAUUGUGUUAGACAACGUAGAAGGUAUACAACAACAGGGAGAGGAAUUUGACGACUUUUUAAGGUAUGUAGAAACAUACGCACCUCAUGUUCAGCUAAUCAUCACUACUCGAGUGGAUGUGGGUUUUCGUUCAUCGAACAUAUACAAACUGCCUCUAGAUCCUCUGGAUUCUGAGUCGUCUACCAAAUUACUUCAGGACUUAGUCCCAAACUGUGAGAAGCGACAUACCAAGGAACUCGGUAGCCUCUGUGGUGGGAUACCGCUGGUUCUUGUCAACUGUGCAGGCUUACUAGAAGACCUCACCCCGGAAGAGCUAGUCGCACAACUUAAAGAAAAUCCCAUCCCACUUUUGAAGACCGAUGCAGAAGAUGUUUACAAUGCCUUGAAACACUUCCUGGUCAAUUUUUCAGAAAACAUAAAAACAAACCUUGUUCGCCUUUCAGUUUUUCCAUCUGCGUUUUCCGUUAAAGACAUGAAAGCUCUCUUCGGUGACGUAUUACAGCCAGAGAUUAUUAAGUCUACCAUGAUAAGGCGUUCUCUACUUCGUAGAAUUGACAAUGAAAAGUUGGUUUUGCAUCCUUUAGUCCGCGAGUUCCUCAAAGCUGAGAGGGAGCUUCUCAACAUGGAUGAUGUACGUAAAAAAGCUCAGCACAAGUUUAAUCACCAUUACCUUGAGCUCCUCGAAACCUCAAGCAAACAAUUUAUCAGCAAAAAGUGGUCGCAAAAUGCUAUUUUUACCUUUAGGACAGAAAAGGAAAACAUCCUGGAGAUGUUCAACAAUUUCCUGCAGGAAGGAGGCGACAAGAAAGAAGCAGAGUCGUGUAUAGAUUUCGCUAACUCUACCAAGGUUUUGGAUUUCUUGGCCAAAGUUUUAUCUCCGCCCUCUGAGUGUCUAGAACUGUAUGAAAGGUUCUACCACAUUGCCGAAGCAUCUAAUGACAAGAGAAGACUUGCGGAUAGUCUAACUGCUGUCGGAUUUCUUCGUCUCUGUAAAGAAGCUCACCGACGGGUCAGCCACAAAACUCUUGAGAAGCUUCAGCAGGCCUAUGAAAUCCGCAAGAAUUUGCCAAAAGAACUACAGCACUGUGAGACUCAUGCACACACCAUCUCCAAACUUGGGCUGUGUUACGCACUUCAGGUAAAACUACAAAUAGCAUUAACCCUCGGACGUACAAGCAAAUUCAUACUCCCACCGUGGUACAAGAGGGUGGGGGGGGUGGAUGGAACCCCUCCCCGGAGGUUUUGAUACGUUGCAGUAUUUUGAAACGAUUGUACCUUAAGUGGAAAGCCUUUGAUCUUCUUAACAAGAUGAGGUAUAUUUUUAUGGGUGGUGGCGCUGCUGGAGGCCAGUUACGUCACCAACAGUAGUCGCCAUCUUGGAUUUUACCAAGUUUGUUGUUGGUUCUCUCCCUUGCUCCGAGAGGUUUUUCUCCGGGUACUCCGGUUUUCCCCUCUCCUCAAAAACCAAUACUUCCAAAUUCCAAUUCGAUCUGGAACGCACGGACACGUUUAAACGAGUCCAUAAGAACUCUUAAGUGCUUCGUGGGUAAAAAAGCAAUUUACAAUUUACAUUUUUUAAGAGUUUGAAAUCAGGUUAAAACCGCGAGAAAUGGUAAUUUUUUUGUGCUUUACAUGAAAAAUAACACAUAAAUAAACACUUUGCAUGAUUUUAGUCACAGGAUUUACUUUUAUUGUUGAAAGAAGUCGAAAAAACAUGUAUUUUUACCCCAAGGAAGCUUGACCACCUGCUACUUAUGACGUCAUAUCUCGUAACCAUAGCAACUGACCAUCACUAUACUAGUCUCAAAAUCUGCGCGAGGGAUGAACGAACAGCUACUGUAAACGUCAGGUGCUGAUGUUUUAUCCUUUAAGAAAAACCUUAUGGGGNAAAUAACACAUAAAUAAACACUUUGCAUGAUUUUAGUCACAGGAUUUACUUUUAUUGUUGAAAGAAGUCGAAAAAACAUGUAUUUUUACCCCAAGGAAGCUUGACCACCUGCUACUUAUGACGUCAUAUCUCGUAACCAUAGCAACUGACCAUCACUAUACUAGUCUCAAAAUCUGCGCGAGGGAUGAACGAACAGCUACUGUAAACGUCAGGUGCUGAUGUUUUAUCCUUUAAGAAAAACCUUAUGGGGCGGGGGGGGGGGUGGCAUCCAACCCCCCCUUGUACGUCCGAGGGUUAAGUGUUCUGAUGAUUGAUUUUAUUACUUCCAUUACAUAACGUAUAAGAGAAAGGAAAGGCUAUGUUUUAAUACCAAUGGAACAAUGCCGCCAAAAAUUUUCCUUUUCUAUUUUCGCACACAGGGGUUUUGCCUCGAGAGGUUGUCUUUGAAGUUCCCGCACCUAAAAGUUAUAGUACUUAUUUUUUCGGAUGUCUUGUAGUUUUUAAACAAAAAUCAGUUAUCAAUGUUGCCUGAACAGGGAGUGGAAGGAGUAACUGGUUAAUGAUCAAAAGUUAUCACAAAACACCCGAAGAGAAAAACAGGCUAUGAUCAUAAUGACGUACACUGUAGCAUAAAAUUAAUUAACUAAGUAUCCGAUUGGAAUUCUGGGUGAUUACAUGACCCAGAUUUUUGAAAGAUUUUAGGGAUUUUUAAAAGCGACUCAGUUGCCACUCUCUGGAUGCGAGUCUACAUCGCAUGUAUUUGUUGCUGUGAGGUCAAACAAGGGACUCCUCCCAUAGGUACCAAGUGUUAUAACUAAAACGACACCUGCUGACCAUGUCUCUUUGGUUGCGGCACUAAGCUGCGAACGAAGGAACUUUUUCUUAGAUCCUUUAAGAUAUUUCGUAUAUUUUUUUUAUUGCUUUAGUUUAAAUUUUGCAUUGAAUUUAUGUAUUAUAGAUUAUUAUUAUCAUAUUAUUAUUAUAAUUAUUAGUUGACUAGUUCUCUAAGCAAUUUCCGUAGGUCUGAAAUAUUUGUAUUUUCAAAUUAUUUUUUGUUUGUUUUAGGGCGAAGUAGGAAAAGGACUCAAGCUAAUCCAAGAAGCAGUUGAUUUAAGGAAGGAGCUUGGAGUGCAUCUGUAUGUAGCAGCAGGUUAUUGUGAUCUUGGAAGUGAGUACCUACUUCUUCCAUUAUGACUUCUGUGAUUACCUUUUAUCAAAUUUGUAGCAUAGUCGAAUGCCACCGUUGGUCAACCGCUACGUAAUAUUACAACUGCAUUUUUAUAUGGCUCGAGCCCAUAAUUUAGGUUUAGCUCAAAUAAUUAAUUCCGCUCAGUUAUUUGGCAGUCAAGUUACUUUGUGCUGCAUGUGAUUAAUCUGUAUCUAUUCAUUUAAUUUGGUGAUUAUAGAUAGACGUUAUCAGUGUAUAUGUAUAUUUGAUUAUCCAUAUGUUUUUAUUAUUUUUAUAGAUGAGUUUGACCGACUUAGUGAUUUUAGUAGGUUCCAUCGAUGGUCCGCGUCAUGGACGACUUGUAAUUACAUAUUAUAAAUUGGGUUUUAAAAGUAAAAUGCACCAAAAAAUUGAAAUAUUUUCUUUUGUCGCUUUACCUUCACCAAACAUUAAAAAGAACCAUCCUGAGUGAGAUUUGGGUAAAGAUUUUUCUUCCCAAGCCUUUAUAGAAAGAUAAAAAAUCAAAAUCCGAGCACUUCCGAACACUUCACGAAAACGUUUCUGAAAUGGCCGCGUGAUAGACUAGAGACUACGUGACGUCAAUGUUGGUCUUUUAGAGCGGAAAAACGUUCUGCGCAGGCUUCUGCGCAUCCCUUAUCGCCUGCGUUUUUUUGUCUCGUUCUGUGAGAGUUCUGACUGAGACUGAAUGAAACACACGAGGUGCGAACGUUUGCUCGUUGUAAAGGCUUUUUUUUGUUUUUGUUCAAGUUGUUGUUUUUUCGUCACUUGAAAAUUACUUUGGAUUCAGAACAACCAAUGUUAGAGUAAAAACAGAUCAUUCUGUCAGUUUGAGGAGGAAUAAAACGUUUUGAACAUUUCAAAAGAGGUUUGUAUUUUCUGAUAAUUGUGCAUUCGAUUUGUGAAUUGAUUUUGUGUCCAGUGCUUCGCCUUCUUUCGCCGGGCUGAAUUAAAACCGGCUUGUAUUCUGUUAUUAGUAGUUACGGUUAGUUUUUUUACAUGCCCAGAUUCAUUUACCUUUGCAGAACCAGCUUUAUCCUUGUCUUAUGUCAAAGAACCGUAAUGCUAACGCUUGCGAGUGAACAAACUUGAGCGCUUAAAACUUCCUCGGAACUAUAGAAGGCCAGCAAGCUUAUUCGAGAAGAACAGACUACUUCGAUCACUUUUCUGUUGCUCAAGUAAUAAUAGUCAGAGUUUUUUUUUCUUUUUCAUUUUUAAUUACGUAGUUUUGUUUUCUUUCUGUACGCAAAUUUUCCUUUUCACUCACUGUGAAGUAGCUGAGAACGACAACUGCCGGCAGUGGCUUCAAAACAAUUGACUCUUUGCCCAUAUAAACAAUUGCUGGAGCUGGAUUUGACUGAAGCGAGCAAAACAAACCCUUAUGUGCAGUUUUCUGUACUUUCUAAUGAUUCAGUUUGCUGAGUUUAAUUUGUUUGAAUGAAGACCCUCGCAUGGACCAGUUAUUACUAAAAAAAAAGUAGCUAAUUUAGCUAAGUAGUCGGAAUCAUGGCUUGGCUGCGACACUUGCAACUGAUCUUUUUCUUUUAAGAUCUUUAGGUAGGUUGUUUCCGUACAGAAAAUUCACUUCUUCUUUGUCAUCAGGUAUAAGAGCCUUAAGCCUUAUGUUUUUUAAUGAAAAUUUGUUGUUUUGCAACCUUAUUGAAGCUUUUUUUAGUUCACUUAAGCUGAUUUUAUGCAUGAUGGAAUUGUUCUUUGCUUGUCGCAUCUCUUUGCCAGCUUAAAGUGGCGUCUAUGGUCCUUAAAGUGACCUCAAUCGGUAAUUAAAUCUUUUACAUAAUUGGAAAGAAGUUUUUGCAAUAAUGUAACUUUAACUUUGUUUGAAGGAAAUCUUACUAACGCGUAGGUUUUUAACAGGUGUUAUGCAUGUUCAACUUGACAACACAAAGCACAAUUAAUCUGCGCGAAACGAUCAAGUUUAGAAAACUAUGGUUGCUUUGAAACCGAUCUUGGGGAAGAUUUACUAGAUAAAGAUUAACUCUUUUUCUGCUCACAUAUCAACGCCAGAACUUCUACAUUGAGGAUUUUGUUUACAUUUUAGUGAUCUGCGAAGCUAGAAGUGUCCGAUCGAGCGUGGGUUUUAAAAUAUCAGCUCGAGUGCGACAAAGUUCAGUGACUUCAAACACAUUGUGGGCAAACUUGAAUUUCUUUGGGCAGAUUAUUACACGGGACGAAAAAACGGAUUUACCGAACGUCAAAGGUGAAGUCAAACGCGCGAUAAAGGCCACCUUUGCACACCUUUGCACAACUUUGACGCGCGACAAAUGUUUACAUUUGCCCGCGGUCAAAGGCGCGUCUUCAGGCGAUAAAGGCCGUUUUUGUCACGCCUUUAACCCCUACCUUUGACGCGCGUCAAAGGUAUAUUUCAUUAGCAUUUGUACCCCUAUCAAAGGCGUCGUCAAAUAUGUCUGAGAUUCAGGCCAAAGGUGUGACAAAAGCGCGGCAAAGUUAUGUCUGUGAUUAAAGUCAAAGGCUUGUGAAAAGUGUCGUCAAAAGUGUCUGAGCCUCAGGUCAAAUGUGUGACAAAGUUGUCGUCAAAUGCGUGUGAGAUUUAAGUCAAAGGUUUAACAAAGGUGUUGCCAAAUAUGUUUGUUUUUUUUCCUCCCCUCGCAUCGCGCCUCUCGCUCGUCUCGCGCUUCGCGUGAAUUCCUCGUUCUCCUCGCGUUUCGCGCGAAUGCCGCGUUAUUGCCUCGCUAGUCAUAAGCGCUUGAUAUACAGGCUAGAAUCCAACUUGAGAUUUUCAGUCAAAUUCAAUUGCGAACUGGAUACCGUUUAAAAAGGUGGACAGAUAAGAGAUUGAGUUCUUAAUCUUGUACUUUAUUGUCCUAAAACCUCACUAGAUGAUUAGAAAGCUGAAUAAUUCCGAUUAAAACUUUUUUAAACGCAUAAAAAUGGUUUUUUAAAACAUUUUCACGAUUUAUUGUCUAAAGUACUCAAUGCAGUUUGUCAAUGGACAAUCAUAAUGACUGCCGCAAAUUUUUGAAGCACUAUAAAUGUUCCAGAUUCACGCUGUUGUCACGGACGGCAACCUGCAAAAUAGUUUAAAACACUCUUUCACGAAAGCCAGUGCUAAAAUCAUGGUAAGUAAGAAAUGUUCUUGAUCAGGAGCCUAUCUGUCUUGAUGUUAUCUUUGCGAAGAUUUUCAUUCUAGAGUGCUUUUGACUCUUGAUGUAAGUGAAAGACAAACGCCAUGUAUCUAACUUCAAUCUUCCUCUGUUGUGUGCUUUUUUUUCCCACUGGAGACUUAUCACUUUGCCUUGCUUCUUUUAUCUGUGAAAUAAUUGUAAAAAAAAUAUAGAAAUUUGAGAUAAAAAGCUCAGUCAUAGUGUUUUAAAUAAAUUUUUUGGCCCCACUCCCUUUUUACUAUCGCUCCUUUUCUUCAGAAAAUCCCCCUUUCUCUUUACCUUUAUCAAAACUUAAAGACCCUGUUAAAAAUGUGUAGCGAACCUAAUGCUUUUGAAUGGAAACAUUACAUUUCGUGUACAUGUAUUGUCAUUAAGUUCGUCACCUGUGAAAUUUGACGUUUGAAUCGAGCCUUAUUAUCACAUAAUAAAGUCCAGGAAAAUUCAAUCAAAAUUUCCCUCUAUGCCCAAAGCUUAAAAUUAAACUAAAGAAACACUUUAUAUUAUACCUAGCCUGCAUAACAAGCGUUUCCAAUCGAGUUAUUGCGCGAGUUAGCCCCUCCCGGCCCCUCCUUCCUCUUUUUUUGCCCUCUUGCACAAAACUCGCGCGGAAAAGCUUGCUACGCGGCUAUUUUUCUACCUUUUUAACCCCCAAAGUUAUUGUCCAGUAACAAUAAUGAAGGGACAGCUCGGUAUGUUUGAAUGAUUGUUAUUAAAUGUUGAAACAUACCCAGCUGCCACUGUAGUGGUAAAAAAAUCAAUGGAAUAUUUUAAAAAUUAAUUAUGCAGUAUGAGCCCCAUUACGUAUAGAACCCAGAAAAAUCAAUAGAAAGAGAUACUCACGUUCGCAAAACAUCCGAAGUCUUCAAAUAAUCACACCUCUUUGUUUGAUAAACUGCACUGAAUCCUGUUCAAAUAAGCUUAUGUACUUGCUUCAGUAAUAUGCCCAUCAAAGUCUGGUACAGACAUUUUUAUUGAAGUACACUGUCAAUGAAAAAAGAUAUAUGUAAGUCUUAUAUUAUUUCAUUACCUGAGUAGUUCUCGCAGAUAAAUAUAAACUGUUAGAAAAACCAGAGUUGGUUAAUCUUGAUGUUAGUAGGUUCUCGCAUGAAGUUUUGAGUUGAAUUGCAUUGUGAAAUAUAAGCCAGGCAUUACUUUUACAGAAAUGCAUUAACCCUAUUAAGAAAAAGGGCUUGAUCUAAUGUAAACUCUACUGUGAUACAGAAAGAUUUUUAUAGUUUACUGAACCAGAUUUAACGAUCAGAAAAGCUCCCAAGCACGAUAUACACGCCUGUUCGGAGUUGGUUUCUGUAAGCUUAACAUAGUAAAACAACUAUGAAGUUUGAAGAAGAACUAUUGCAUGCACACAUAGAAAAGAAUGACACGUACCUUUUGAACAAGUUUGUAGUCUAAACUCUAUCAGAGAUAAGGGCGAAAAUAUUUGUUAAAAAAAAGCUGGACUGCUUCGUACAAAAAAGCAGCUUUUGUUUUCUUCAGAUCUGCGUAGUUUGUUUGUUUGCGCGGGCGGAGAGAGUUUGCAGCCGCGACAAUUUCGCGCCAAAAACAGGGUGUCUUGCUUGGGUUCAGUCUUCCAUCGUCCAGUUGUUGAGUCAUUGUUUUGCGUCGCUAUCAUUUAUUCAUCGUAUAUUAAUCGAUCAAGGGGAAAAUGAUCCACUCAAGAUAAGACAAAAACAAAACUCACUUAAUUCACCUCGAAAAAGUACAUAUUCCAGAACAUUUUCAAAAAUAAUUAUAAACACCAAUUACAAUGAUUACCAGCCUGUGUUCGGUAUUGUCGUAUAAAUAUCUUUAAAACAGUAUUCAAAUACAGCUUUUUAAUUUCCUUUCUUAAAAUCAGUUUCGACAUAAGUGUUUGUAGAAGUAAUUCAUUGCAUAUUUGCUCUCACCCUUGACACCAUUCAAAAGUGUUGUAAAAGUGUAGCGGUCGUAUUUGACUUCAUUUUUGACUAGUAUCAAAGGUGUGGUCACAGCCACUACUCUUUUGACUUUAUCUUUGACGUGCGUCAAAGGUAAAGUCAAAGUUACCAGCAUAUUUGACAACGCCUUUGAUAAGGGUUAAAGGAAUAGCAAAGCAUUGAUGCAUUUGACUUGAUCUUUGACGCACGUCAAAGGAGAAGUCAAAGUUGUUACCAAUUUGACUUCACCUUUACCGAGGUCAAAGGAGUAAGCACAGAGGUUAUAUAUUUGGCGACAUCUUUGACGCGCGUCAAAGGUGACGUCAAAGCCAAUACCAUAUUUGAUUUAACUUUUGACGCGUGUCAAAAGUGUCGUAAAUCCAAUUUUUCGUCCCGUGUUAUACAAAGAUAUUUUGUUUUUGUGUCCAUGGUGGAGCUCCGGACCUUAAAUAUCCAGGAACUUCCUUAUAUGAUCACAUUUCGUAAAUGCAUCUUGAAAAAAAUCGGACUUACGCACGCACAUUUCCAAUACAACUCAAGGAAAUUAGUAAAUGUCGUUAAAGUCAGUUUUGCUAUGAUGUAUUCUUCGAGAAAAUUAAAUAAUAAGAAGGUUAUAACCACAGCUUGCAACUUUUGAAGACAAAUUGCUUGUUCUUUCUAGGUUUAUGGCCGCACAAACCACCACAACACUGUUUUGAAUUUCCCGCUUUUUUUCACCUGACCAACAUUGACGUCACAAGUUGUUUUUACCGACAAUUUUUCCGACCGCUCUACGAAGAUAAGGGCCAAAAAAUAACAAUUUUUAAUUGCGAAUAUCUCGGAGAUGCUUCCUUUAAUUGAGAUGAAACUUCGUAGUAUGUUUAUUCGGUUCAUAUUAAACAUAUUUCACUAGAAUUGAACUAAAAUAAAAAAUGUCGAAUUUUUGGUUCAUUUGACCUUUAAGGAUUUCAGUGAACCUCUCGUCUUUAGAUCUGGUCAUAAAUAACUAGAUUAGGAAAACUUUUAUAUACCUCUUAUUAGCCGAGUUUUCGGUCAGUAAUGUAAAUUAAGGACCGAGUUUUUUUCCAUCGCGCUUGGGCCAUAAAUUGAUGGAAAAAAAGGGGAAUCCGUAAUUUACAGUACGGACCGAAAAAACGAGGCUAAUAAGAUGUUUAUUAUAUGGCUUCUUCCUGUUUGGGGGACCGGAAACAAGUGCAGGACGCACGAUUUGACAGUCAUUUGACAGGCGUCAAAAAAGAAAGUUUCUAUUGGCGCACGAAAACAAUAGCAAUAGCACAUAGCAAAGGCUUUCCGAGAAAGUAAAAACAAAUUCGUUAUGUUGAAAAAGUUUAUUCGGUCAAAACUAAGAGCACUGUAGGUUUUAGCUCUUUAAUGUAACGCUGGAGUAUUUUGGAAACCGGACACUGUGUCUGUCUAGAAGUCCUUUUUAUCUUUCUUCCGUUUGUCCUUGUGAAAAAAAAAAACACUGCAAAAGGCAAAGAAGCUUUUCAAGGUAAGUUUGUUGUCAUUGUCGAAGGAUUCGCUCGUUAAUUGUUUUUGGGAAAACCUCUCUUUCUGCCAGUUCAUUCUCGUCUUCAAUUGUGAUCUGCGUUAAAAUUUUGAAACACUGACCUCCACCAGCAUUCUCCUCCUCGGUAAGGUUACGAUUCAGUUUCUACAUCAGCUUCGUUCUCAUUAAAACAAAGUUAGGUUAAAAUUUGGAAAGGCAAAGUUAACAUCCCAGUCCUCAGGGUUUACAGUCAAAACUAAGAGCACUGUAAGUAUUCAAUCGUUAAUAUGACGCUCCUUCUCAAUCAUCACUAACGUGCCUAUUGCCGAUGAUUAUCAGUUUGAGUUUCAGCCAGUGAUUUACGGAAGGAGAUCGUAGCCACAACCCCAAACAAGGUUCCGGACUUUGAUAAGAGGAUAAAGGGGACAGAGAGGGUAUCCCCCAUACACACCCUAUUCCAUAGGUAAUUCGUCUCGAGUUAUUUUUAGAAUCGGGAUAAAGUUACCUCGCGCGCUGCGUGGAUGUUUCGUGGAGGUUUCACAUCACUAAACACCAUGCAAAACAUGUCGGGCGAAAGGCAUUGAAAGCGUAAAGAGAUCGAGAGCAUUUCUGAAUAUUGAAGCGAAAUGAGUCGGCGCUCACCUGGGAAAAGGGAAUCGCUCGACUAUUUGACAACCCGUAAAAUCAGUUUAACUCGAAGUUAUCGUAACCUCAGUGCUUUAAUAAAAUGAGAAAUUUCGCCGGUUUAUUGAAACCGGUCGUUUGUACAAUAAAGCAAGUAGCAAGUAAUAUUCAUGUACAUGUAAUUAGUUUUACAAAUUUGAAUUUUAUUGUAGUUUUUUUAAGUUGUUAAGCGCUGUUGAUCAGUGAAUGUAAAUAGCGCUCUAGAAGUUAUUAAAUUAUUAUUAUAAUUAUUAUAGGACGCCAAGUGUUAUUUUUGUUGAUAAUAAAAGACUAAUAAAAGAGUAAAUAUCAAACCAGAAAUUGCUCUCUUCAAACUGUAAAUUAUAAAUGAUCCUGAGAGAAAUAUUCACUGGGUUAAGGAUUUCCCUGCUGUACUGUUAGCUCUAUACAAGAGAGGAAGGGCGAUUCUUUUUUAAUUUCCGUUUCGCUGACACAGCUUUAGCAGAAAUCUCUCUUUAGUCGUUUUCGUCGACAAAACGAAUAGCCAUAUUGCUCUCCGCGUCUUCCGCCAUUUUUCUGCCUCAAUUCGUGAAGGUCUCGUGGCUCUGAGCGUGGGUCAUCCACGCGGAACACAUCCGCGCCAUGUGAUUGGCUGUUGUCUAAUCCCCCUUGGGAUCUGUGGUCUUAAAAAUAACUCGAGACGAAUUACGUAUGGAAUAGGGUGUGUAUGGAGGAUGCCUUCUCUGUCCCCUUUAUCCUCUCUUGGUGCUAAUGUCAGCGGUAAAAGAUUUCCAUCAGCACAUUUUGCCAAACAUUACCAACAUCAUAAAUAGCUCAUUUGCUAACUUUUCUUCCUCACGAGCUUGGAAGAGGGGUAAGGUAGUACAUUAUUUGAAGGAUGGAGAUCAUGAGGUUCCGAAUAAAAACAGGCCUAUCUCCUUACUACAAGUCCUCUCCAAGGUUGCCGAGAAAAUUGCGUUUUGUCAAUUUAACAACUAUCUAACAGAGACAAAUCGCCUCACUUUUCACCAAAGUGGCAACCGAGAAGUCCACUCAACGGAGACAUUGAGUCUCACGGUAGCUGAUCAUAUAUCUUAGGCCAUGGAUAGGAAACAUGUUACAGUAAUGGUGCUGAUCGACUUACUUAAAGCCUUUGAUAUCUUGUGUCAUUUGAGCUUUCUUAACAAACUCACCAGAUUUGGAACUUUGAACAAGGCUCUUCUAUGGUUCCAAAGUUACCUCACUAACAGACGUUAACCCACCGCGUACCGCAAGGCUCAAGUUUAGGUCCCGUGCUCUUCGCCUUCUAGAUGAAUGAUCUUCAAGAAGUCAUCAAGUCAAGUAACAUUGAAUCCUAUGUAAAUGAAACGAAAAUAUAUCUUUCGUUCUCGACAAAGGAUUUGGAUUCAUAUUCAUAUUUACGCCUAGUUGCUGAAGAUCUCCAUCACGUGGCUGAGUGGUGCUGUGCAAAUCACCUAUAAUGGUUUAUCCAGACAAGAGCAAGUUGUUGCUUUUUGGAGUGAGACAAAUUCUGUCCAAAAUGCCUCGGUCAAGAGCUACCACCUGUCUCAUUUGCCAAGGACAUAGGAGUCAUACUUGACUCAAACUUGAGUCUUAAUGAACAUGUGUCGUCACUUCACUCCUCCCUUUUAUCAACCUACAGUAAUACAACGUGGCUUCUAUUACAGAGCGCUUAAAACUUUGAAUAAUCUUCCUGCUGCUACUAGGAACUCACGCUCAAUUUCACAGUUCAACAAGAAGGUGAAAAGAGAAAUGGAGCUUAGCUGGAUUUAGUGAUGAUUUUUGAUAUAUCUACUUACUUUAAAGUGACUAAGUUACUUGUAAUUUGUUUUUUUUUUUAAUGAGAAUGUAAUUAGAUAUAUUUAGCAAUUAUUGAAUGAGGCUGAGUAGGAUGUAAAGAUAACAUUCCCCGAGAUCUGUACAACAAAAGCCGAAUUCAAUAAUUGUUUCAUUACUGAUUCAAAAUAUUUCAAAGCUCUGAACAAGCUUAUCUCCUCGUGGACGUUCUUCUUAUUUUUGGCCUAUUUUUUGGCUCAGUUGCAGGAAAGAAACAGUUUUUUUCUAGCAGAUAUUCCUUAAAAAGUAGAUAACAUCCAUUCAGUUUUAGUCAGAAAUUCAGCUAUUUCGUCUUCGGAUAGCCGUGAACGCCAUGGUUUUUAAUUCACUCUUGAAUAAACAGCUAGGUCGCCGCGCCCGGAAACGACGUUGAUCGAUUGUCUAUUGCCCAAGAAGUCUCGUUUGCAAUCAAAUAUACUAUCGAUCAACCUCGUUUCCAAUUAAAUAUACCAUCGAAUCUAUGGUAUAUUGCUUGCAUCUUCCAAAUUUGGUCAGAGCUGGUUGGUUAUGAAGAAUUAACCGGGGAAUUGGAGCCAGUCACAGAAUGCGAAAUAUUGUGCAUGAAUAAUAAAUUAUAUACAUGAUUAUUUUUCUACUCGAUGUAAAUUAAGUUCUGAAAAGCCCAUUUAGGUUUUAGGAGAAUCGACGAGUCGACAGAAUGCGUUUUGAUACUUGUCUUUGUUUUUCUUGUUUUAGACGCCCAUAGAGAGUCCGGGGAUCAUGAACAAGCAAUCCGCAUUUGGCAGACAGAAACUUUACCAGUGUAUAAAGAUGUGCUUGGUGACCACCCUUGGACAGCCUCGAUCCUGCGAUACAUAGCCAGUUCGUACAGGUGCCUUGCGAAAUCUGAAUCUGCCGAUUCUGGAAUAGCUGAUCAAGCUGAAAUGUACAGCAGAGAGGCUCUAGAAUUGCGAAUCAAGUUGCUGGGAGAACAUCAUGAUACCGCACGGUCCCAUGUUGGCCUUAGCGACAUCUUGAUCGUUAAAAAAGAUUUCAAAUCAGCUUUGGAGCACCUUAAAAAGGCCUUUGAAAUCCAGGAAAAGGUUUUAGGUGAAGAACACGAGACCACGAAGAAAACACUAGAACAACUGAAGAAAGUAAAGUCCAUGGUAGAAUGA